UAGCCCUGUGAUCCUGGUGGCACUGGAUGCUGGAUGGCCGUCAGGUGGAGCCAUAUUCUUGGCUUCAGAUCGCCUGGGCCCUGAGUGUGGCCAUGACCUUUGUCCUGUCAGCCAGUGGCUGUCUGGUCCGAGGACAGCUCAGGGGGGACAGCUGGUGGCACCCCUCUCCACACCAGCAGGACAGUAGGGGAGCUGAUUGGGACUUGGCAUCUUCACUCCUUCCCCCCGCCCCCUUUGGCGACAUGAGGAAACAGGCUUGGGGACAGUGACUGCUCAGGGCAGUGGUACGCUCUUGCUGCCUAGGGGCUCAGAACUCCAGGCAGGACCCUGUGUCACAUCCCUUAGGGAGAGUGUCUAAACGGGCCAAGCAUUGUCCCUAUCCAGCCCUUGUCCCUCCCCUGCUGGGCCCCUACUGGGCCCCUGCUGAGCCCCUGUGGAACUGGUGGGCACCAGUCCUUGUCAGUUCACCAGCUGGUGGCCUCAGAGGGCCACCUGAGAGGCGGCGGAGGCCGGCGGAGACGAGGCGUUUUUGUCCCUCAGUGUGUGUGCCCGCCUCUCUGACCCCGCCCCCCCCAUUUAACGCUGGCUUUAUCCUGAGUUCUCUGGAUGGGCCCCAUUUCCCAGAUGAAGCAGCCAGGGUCUCACUGGCCAGCCGAGUCCGGCCAGGGCUCUCCCCUCUGGGGUGGCACCCUUCAAGGCUCCUGAGUUAGUGAGGAGGGCCAGGGAUGGCGGGAGCAGCAUGUGGGCUUUUCUGGAGCUGAUCGCUGGCCCAGGAGACCCUCGAGUGUAAUGAGAUCAGAUAGCAGGUGGGCCAGGAGCUAAGAAUAGGACUGGGCACAGGUUCCUGGCAUGGGUGGGGGUGUGUCAACACCAGCCAGGAGACAGAGCAGGGCCUGGGGGACUACCCAGGACCCAGGGUUCUGAGGCAGGGGGCAGAGUCCAGCUUGGCUCAUAAACAGAGCUGAUAGGGCAGGACUUGGGGAGAGGGCAAGGGUUGGGACCCAGAGCAUUGGCACUGGGUGAACUCUGCGCUCAGAGGAAGCCCCCACCUCACCCCCAUGGCCUUCCUUGUCGCUGGGACCCUGCGGGCGGCCUCGCAGAUGGCAGAUGCUCGGGAGAGCCUGGGCAGAAAGGGCAAGUACCGCGUGCAGGGUCCGAGGGUGGCCCUGACCCUCAGCAGCCCUGAGGUGUCAGCCUCUACAGUCGCCAUCCUGGAGGGUGUGUUCCGGACCCUGGGCUUCACCAGCUGCCAGAGGAGGGAGGCCUCAGCCCAGGGCUUCCGUGGGGAGCUGGCCAGGUUCCGGGAGCAGCUGGAUGCCCACAGGGGCCCUGUGGGCUGUGUUCUCGUGGCCCUGGUGGCCCCCAGGGAGCAGCUGAGACAGGCACAGCAGCUGGUCUGGGAGCUGAGCCGCUGUGAGGCGCUGUGGGGCCGCCCCAAAGUCUUCCUGCUGCUCUCGGGGGCUCCUGCGGCUGCCCCCGAGCCUGGUACCUUCCUCACUGAACUGGGCGAGCUCUGUGGCCGCUGUCCUCGCCAGCCUCUGCUGCAGCUGCUGGCAGAGGUCUUCUGCAGGACAGCCGAAGAGUCCCCAGGGGCCACCUACUGCCCGGUCCUUCGGAGCUCCUUGCGGGGGGCACUGUGCCUAGGGGACGAGGAGCUCUGGGGGCCCGAGCCAGAAGCCAGCCCCUGCGCACAGUAUGACCUGUCUGGGGCCAGGGCUGCUCUUCUCCUGGCCGUGAUCCAGGACCGGCCUGGGGCCCUGCGUGAUGUGGAGGCCCUGGGAGACCUGUGCCAGGCCUUGGGCUUCGAGACCACCCUGAAGAUGGACCCCACAGCCCAGGUUUUCCAGGAGGAGGUGGCCCGGUUCCGGGAGCAGCUGGACACCCGCAGGGGCCCAGUGAGCUGUGCCCUUGUGGCCCUUAUGGCCCACGGGGGGCCUAAGGGGCAGCUGCUGGGGGCUGAUGGGCAAGAGGUGCAGCCAGAGGUGCUGGUGCAGGAGCUGAGCUGCUGUGGGGCCCUGGGGGGCCGCCCCAAGAUCUUCCUGGUUCAGGCUUGCCGUGGGGGGCACAGGGACGCUGGUGUGGGGCCCACAGCUCUCCCCUGGUUCUGGCGCUGGCUGCGGGCACCACCAGCCAUCCACUCCCGUGCCGAUGUCCUCCAGAUCUAUGCCGAUGUGCAAGGCAGCCUGUCCAGGGACCCCACUGCAGGGCGCUCUAACCCAGCGGACCUCCUGACCGUCUAUGCAGCCGCUGAAGGCUGUGUUGCCUAUCGGGACGAGAGAGGCUCCGACUUUAUCCAGACACUGGUGGAGGUUCUCCGAGCUGACCCCGGGAGGGACCUCCUGGAGCUGAUGACUGAGGUCAACCGACAGGUGUGUGAGCUGGAUGUGCUGGGUCCCGACUGCGAGGAGCGCCGCAAGGCCUGCCUGGAGAUCUGCAGUUCCCUGAGGCGCCGGCUCUGCCUCCAGGCCUGACUGUGCCCAUGGCCCCCCCCCCCGAAGUGCUGCCUGGGCGGCCAGGCACCAACCCAGCGCCACCACUGACCCCGUCCACUCCUUGCAAUAAAAGGCGCCAUAGCACGGGUGGCUCAGCGGGCAUAAAAGAAACCUGAGGAUGUCUGUACGUGUGAAUAGCGCCUGCUCUCAGGGAGCUGCGACAAUCAGUGAGAUAACAUAUGCAGAGCGCCUGGGGCUUCAGAGCCUGGGCCCGCCGGCGGACAGAGGAGGGCAGGCGCGGGGGCAGCCACGUCCCGGGAAGGGGCAGCCUGCGGUCCACGGCGUCCUCCCAGCGCACGCUGGGGCCGUGGACAGGACCUCGGCCCACACCGCAGUCAGAGCCCAAUCUGGGGCCACAAGACUGGAACAGAGCAAGGCGGGA